AUGAUCAAGGACUCGGAGACGUUCAAGAACGCUGACAAGGAGUUCCAGGCUAAGCACGAUUCGCGCAACGAUCUCGAGGCUUACGUGCACUCGGUUGAGAGCACCGUGUCAAACCCUGCUGCCACGUUCAAGCGUGCGGCCAAGAUCCAGGUCGAGCAGGAGCUGGCCAAGGCCAUGGAGCUCCUUGAGGUCGAGGAUGCUUCGGCUGACGAUUACCGCCGCGCUUCGCUGCGUCUCAAGCGCGCUGUGCAGAAGGGUCUCUCGGGUGGCCGUUAA